UAUAUUACACGUGUUUCGUGGACCUGAAGCAGCCCGUCUGCUCGCAUUGUGUUUACAUACCGCGCGCGUUUGUCGGCUCGUGUUUUUUGACAGUUCCGGGUGACGCAGUUGACAAGAUCUUGACAGUUGGAGGAAGAAACGUCAGUGACCACACAGUGGCUGCCGGUGACGCGGAUGUGGCUGUUGCCAUGAGUGCAAAUGGUCUUAAACUCUCUGCCGGAAGUAGCUAGGUGAGAAUUUUGACAAGUUGGAGGUCACUACACAAUUCCUCCAGACGAAUACUUGGAUGGUUCUCAGCAGCCUUUGUUUCUAGAAGCUUCCCUUCCCAGAUGUGUCGGCCUGUGCUGGGUAGUCAUAAUAGUUUAUUUGAGGGACAAAGCGCUUUAAAACAAAGCAAGUUGUUGAAGUUAGUGUUAUUAAAAAGUGUCCAAGUGUCCAUGUCUUCAAAACUGUUCAGCAGCACGGACUCAUAUCAUGAGGUUUCAUCGAUUAAUUAAAGAGGCGGUUGCUAAGAGAUGACAAUCUGUGACAUUGGUGAGCGUCUCUGAUGUAGAGCAGCCCGAAGCUCGACUUCUCCCGGUCCUCUUCUCUCCUCACCUCUGUCUGUUGUCGGCUCAUGUGAAGCACGCGGGAAAACGCUCUCUAAGGAACAGACUCACAACACGCCAUGGCAGCUUUUACUGCUCCUUGUGCCGCCGCCACGACGACUGCCAUGGUGGCCCGAUCAGCAUGGCGAAGGAAAGGAGGAGGCGGCGGCGGCGGCGACGGAGCGGGCAAAUCUGAAAGCGGGGACGUGGGACAGAACACUAUCGGGGAGAAAACCCAGGAGUUUUUCCAGAUGUGCGACAUCGAGAACAAGGGCUUCAUCACCCAACGUGACAUGCAGAGGCUGACUGCCGAGCUGCCGCUCAGCGCGGAGGAGUUGGAGAACGUGUUUGUUACCCUCGAUUCAGACGGCAACGGGUACCUAACCCUGAACGAGUUCUCCUCCGGCUUCAGUGAGUUCUUAUUCGGCCGGAGGAUUUCCUUCGCCGAAGGCAUGGAGGAGAAGAAAAGCCCAGCAGAGGUCCUCUACCAGAGCCAAUGGGACGAGAGCAUGGCACCAGGAGGUGAGGACGAAGAGGAGAAGCACUUCAGCAUGCUCAUGGAGAGCCUCGGAGCCAACAGCGUCUUUGAAGAUCGCGCUGAAGUGCGCAGUUUGUGGGCACAGCUCAGCCGAGAUGAACCCGAACUUUUAUCCAAUUUUGAGGACUUCCUGGCCAGAGUGACAUCACAGAUCAGAGAGGCCAACCAGGAGAAGAAUGAGAUGGAGAGCGCUCUACACAGGAAGGCAGCAACACACGAUGAUCAGAUCCAGCACCUUUAUGAGGAAAUGGAACAGCAGAUCAAAACCGAAAAAGACAGGGUUGUGCUGCAGGACUAUGAGCGCUUCCUGUCUCGCAGUAAGGACCUGGAGCAGCAGUUGUCUGGUAAGGAGAGGGAGCUGGAGCAGCUCUUUCAGAAACAGAAACGGUUGGAGGCUGAGUGCCAGGAGCUUCAGAGUGACCAGCAUGUGACCAAGGUGGAGAACGUGAAGCUUAAGCACAAGAAUGACGAGUUGGCACUGGAGCUGGACCAAACCAGCCAGGAGCUGAUGGUCGCUCAGGAGCAGCUGAACCUGCUGCAAGAGCAGUCCACGCAGCUUCAUGAGGACAAGGAGAUUGAAAUAUACAGACUGACCGAGGGACUGCAGCGAGAGCGAGAGAGCCUCCUCAAACAACUGGACCUGUUGAGGGAAAUGAACAAACAUUUACGGGAUGAAAAAGACAUAUGCUUCCAGAAUACCUCAAAUUCAAAGAAAACCCCAGGUCUGAAGCAUGGACGAUCUUCCAUCAAGGAUAUGAAACACACAAAAUCAAGUGUCUUCAGAAGUGAGGAUGACGAGGAGCUCCCCAUCAGCUCUGUGAGGCACAACCUAACCAAUGGGUCGUGCCUGGCCUCGUGCACAGGAAACACAGGAGGCCACCUCCAAAGGAUCAUCUCCAUCGAGGAGGACCCCCUCCCAUACUUGCUCCAGAAUGACUGUCCGCCCCAAACCUCACUCCGGGAGUGUAGUGAAGAAGAGGGAGCCUCGGACACUGAGGAGCAUGUAGACUUGGUGAUGAACGAUAUUUACAGACAGCCAAAGGAAGAUGUGGAUGAAAGUCCCACUCCCUCGUCUCCGAGGGGUCAGCCCGUCGGCAAGGAGACCAGCAUAAAUGAGGAAGGCGGGCCCUCUCCGCCCGACCGCCUCUUCAAGAUUGUGCUGGUGGGGAACUCCAGCGUAGGAAAGACCUCCCUCCUCCGGCGAUUUUGCGACGACUGCUUCCACCCUGGCACUUCUGCCACUGUGGGUAUAGAUUACAGUGUAAAGACGUUGGCUGUGGACAACAGCCAGGUGGCACUGCAGUUGUGGGAUACAGCAGGACAGGAGAGGUAUCGGAGUAUCACCAAACAAUUCUUUCGCAAGGCCGACGGCGUGGUUGUAAUCUAUGACAUUACAGCCGUGCACAGCUUCACUGCUGUCAGACAGUGGCUGACGAGUGUGAAGGAGGGUGCAGGCGAGGACCUCCCCAUCAUGCUAUUGGGAAACAAAACGGACAAGGAGAUCCAGAGACAAGUUCAGAAAGAGUUGGGGGAAAAACUAGCCAAGGACUGCCAGAUGACGUUCUACGAGUGCAGCGCAUGCUCCGGUCAAAAUGUGAUGGAGUCCAUGAUUCAUUUAGCCAGAAUUCUAAAAGAGCAAGAGGACAUUGAGAAGGAGAAGACGGUUCAGCUGGUCGGCGGCCCUUCAGAUAAGAAGAGAUCCUGCUGCUGACAGCGAAACAGCUGACACACACACACACACACACACACAUUAGCACUACCCUUUACUGAGACCACAUGAAGACACGUCAGCACAACUGUGUCUCACAGUCUCCCCAUUAAAACCACAGCUAUAAAUGUACGUUCUGUGCGUCACAGAUAUUAAUGCAUUCUUCAAAACGGUUCACUCUAUGUUUACUCAAGUUGUUCACAGUUUGAAAAAAAUGUUAUUAACUGCAUCUAUAAAACAGCUGAACAAAUGUUAGACGAACUGAGCCCAUUUUGAGUCAAACUAAGAUCUUUCCUUAUUUUUUAAAUGUACAAUUUAAUAGUCUGACUGUCUCAAAUAUUUAUUCAUCCUCCUUAGGACCUUUAUCUGCACAUGUGGGCUUUUAACUCCACAUAUUUAAGUAUUCAGUCAGUGUUAUGUGUAUAUUUUAGCUGUUUUAGCUUCGUCACCUUUUGUACAAAUACAUGAAAUGGACAAAAAAAAAAACGUUAAAAUGUAAAGCUUUAUCAAACAACCUUGUCUUGCAACACUCCAUGGGUGUUCAAGACAGUGUCAGAGAGCUGUGGAUUUUACUUUAGAGAUGACGUCAUACCAUUACAGGAUAUGGGUGUCUUGAUUCUGUCACCUGGUGGACAAAGUACAAAACAACUACUACCGUGCAUCACAGUUCCAAAGCAAUCUGCAAAAAUCUUUGUUAUGUCCAAUGAUUUUACAAAAUGUUGGUGUAUUUAAAUGAAUAAACACUGAAAAUAAUUAUAUUCAAAUGUAGCAUUUGUUGCAGAACUGUCAUAUUAGUAUUUACAGCAUUUUGUCCUAUUUGCCCACUUUAAGUUUGCCUUGAUGGGUCGUUCUAUUGUUGCUGGAGGUUGUUGUUUUGGUUGGGGGAGUCGGCUCAGUCUUUUGUCUAGAAAAGAUUUUCCUAAACUUUUUCCAAAUAGACCAAAGGAUGUUAAAUCACCUUCUGCCUCUGUGCCAAGUAUUUUAUGUAGAUGGUGUCACUAUAACUUGCUAGUUAUCUAAUAUGUGUCACAGCAAGCUUCAUAAUAGAAAUGUUUUUGUAAAAAAAGAUAUUGCACUAUAGUCAGUAAUAAUGCUCAACUACUGCCAGUGUCUUGCACAAAAUUUCAAUGUAAAUACAAAAAAAGGAUAAAAAUAAAUCAUUGUUGAAAUGAAAAUGAGUUAUACAGCAUCACCCAGAGUUUGGACAUUGCUAUUUUUAUUCAAUUUUUUAAGUUGACAAAAAUGUGAAACAACAUAUUCCAUAUUUUGUAGAAUCAACAUGCCAAUUUAUUAGAAUUAGUAUGACUUAUGUAAUAUAUCGUUUGGGGCUUAAUUUGAGCAGCCGGGCGUUAUAAAUAAGACUUUUCAUGUAUUGUUAAUUGUAAGCAUUAAUGACUCAAUAAAGUGUAUUACCAUCCAGAGUCUUAUACAAUACGCAGGAUGAAAGAAACUGCUGUGAGAAGAUUGCAUCCUCUACUAUUUAUUGAUUUAUACUACUAGCAUUAGUCGCAUGCCUAUUUGUUCAAGUGCUCGUGCUGUACAUUUUAGUAACAGCUCUGGCAAGGGAAGUAUGGUUUUGUAACUGUUUUCUAUGGAGUACGUUUUAGACUGAGGUACUUUGACAGUCUCCAAACACUAGUACCACACCGUGUGACAGAACUAAAGAAACGUAUAUAUUACAAGACAACAUCUUCUCAGUCAGAGUUAUGAGGUUCAACUCCUUGACAUGGAUCAAAACAGCAAUCUCUAAUAUCGAAACUAAAGAAUAACUAAGAUAUCGGCACUUUAUCAAGGCAUUUAAGAUUGGGGAAGGUAUGUUAUUGACACAACAACAGACACAGGAAACAUCUGGAUUCCAAGCUGUGCGACAGAGUGACGCCUCCCAUCACACUCACAGAAAGCUACUGGUACGACAACUAGGCAAACACAUGCUACCUUUCACGUUACACAUAUUCCCAGGUUUGUCCUUGUGUUUUCAUUCCCUACUAUGAUGCAAUAAUCACAGCCUCAAAUGCAUUGUGCACCUUAAUGUGGACAACCCCAGUAACUGAUUACAUGACCUGUGCUGUCAUUUAAAAUAUGUCAACUAUCCUUCCAAAAGGUUCCAGGUGAAGGUGGAAAGCAACACAACACAAAGGUACAGCACUCCAUCUCACAUGUACGCACAUCAAUAAUCAAUAACAGUCAUCAUGGCGAGAAGAUAUUCCUGUUGUUGGUGUUACAUUCAGAUUUGUUUAACAGUCAGCACGAGUAACUUCCCACUUUCUCAAAACACUGAAUUGACAGUAGGGGCAUCGUCAGCGGGGGGGCCGAGUGUGCUCCGGUCUUCUCUUGUUGUCCACGGGCCUCUCACGUCGCACACUGUGUCUGUCUCUGCACGCGGGAGCGUCUCCGUCCAACCUUUCGGUGGUCGGCGGUCGCACGUGAGCGAGG